AUGACGGAAUCGUUAUCGGUAACCUCCCAACCUAAGAAAGUAUGCCUUUCAUACACAGGUGGCAAAGACUGCACUCUAACACUACAUUUAUUAUCCGCUCAACCCGAAAAAUAUAAUAUUGUCUCACUCAUAACAUUUACUCCUGCGGCCACUAAACCAUUUCUCGCUCAUCCGCAGCAUUUGAUAAAACUUCAAUCCCAGGCUCUUACUCUUCCCCAUCAAUUUUUAUCUGUCACUCCACCAUAUGUAGAAUCUUAUCGUUCUUUAAUCGUCUCAUGCAACAUUGAUGUUUUAGCAACAGGUGACAUUCUUGAUGUUUGUAACCGAUUUAUGGAUCGUGUCGUUGAGGGUACAGAUAUCGAGCUAGUACGUCCACUCUGGGAACGUGAAAGGACAGAGUUAAUUGAAGAAAUAUUUAAGUUUGAGUUUGAAGUUUUAAUAAGUUGUGUAAAUUUGGAAAAUAUGAAGGAAGAUGCUGCCAGAAAAUUGGUUGGAAAUAUUCUUACACGUGACCUAUAUGAAAACGUUAUACUAAAGCAAGAUGUAGAUGGAUGUGGUGAAAUGGGCGAGUAUCAUAGUAUGGUAUUAAAUGCACCAUUGUUUAAAAAACGGAUCGUUAUUAAGAAAGGUAAACAAACGAUUUCAGAGGAUGGAAAAUUUUUAUACUUUGAAGUUCAAGAAUGUGAAUUAGUUGAUAAAACGUGUUCUGAAUAA